AUGACUACAAACACCACAAAUCCUUUAAUUGAGCCACAUAUCGCACCACAAUAUAAAGGUCCUUAUAAAGACAUAGUCAAGCUACUUCUUAACUUUUCCUCAAGUAUUGCUUCUCUUGAACGUCUAGUUACCGACUUUCUUUCUUCACAACGUAAUGCAAGCCAAGAUUAUGAUUUCACUUCGGGCUUUAUGUUAUUUUAUAUGUUUCACUAUACUAGUUUUAUGAAAAUCGCGUCAAAGGACGUUAGAAAAAAAGAAAAGGUAGAAUGGGUUAGAAGAUUGAUUCAGGUGUUUCUUAAACAAGAAUUUCUUGGUGUCAUUUGUUUGGGUGGAUUAUUAAAAGGGUAUCAAAUGAUAAAGCCACAGAGUAAAAGGCACAUAAUAGGUGAUCUUAUUGCUGAAGUCGAGGAUGCCCUUUUGGCUAGUAUUGAUGCACAAAUUGAUUUUAUUAAAGGAGAUCAGUCAUUAGAUCUCAUUGAAGCAAUUCAAUGUGAAGAAGAUUCGAGGAAAGAAAUAAUCACAUAUAUAUGUGGGCAAUGUUUCCCGUCAAUUCCUCCUUCACAGAUGGCAAAACUUAAAUCAAAGGAAAUAGUGUUACGAAUUGUCUUUCAAGUUGAAUUUGGUGGCUCACGCGUAUUUAAUUGCGGAGCGUUCAUUAAUCGUGUCAUAGAUGAUAUGCGUGAUGAUGAGGGCAAACUGACAAGAAAAUGGACGAAAUCCACACCAUCAUACAAGUCUCUUCAUGUAAUGUGUUCUGGUGUGCUUUUUAAAGAACAAUCUAAAAUAUCUUUAGGGAUGUCUAAAUUAGUUCAAGUUGUUGAAAAAGAGGACAUCUCUAUUCUACUAUCAGAUAUUUAUUUUUUUUCUCACCUGUUAUUUUUGCGUUGGGAGUUAUGUCCUUUGAGCUUAAUCGAAGGAGGAGAAUAUUUAGAGGGUUUUCCUGGACAUAAGAAAGUGUUUCGUUCAGUCUUGGAUAGAAUUUUAGAUGAUGAGACAGAACCAACAUUUGUUCUUAUGAACUGCAAACCACUGUUUGGAAAAAACACACCAACACAAAGAAAUAGAAUAACUUACUAUCUGUUGGUUACAGAAAAUCUUAUGAAGGUGUUAGAUGAUAACAUUGUGGAACAUCAUGUUUUGCCUUUUAUUAAUCCAUAUCUCCAGGACAAUUCUGACAUUCUCUUGUUCGAGUCUGCACAUUCUGCAAUUCUUGGCCUAUUCUCCAAUAUGAAGAGGGUGGCAAAUGAAUUAGCACUAUUCUAUUGCAACCUGUUACUCGAGAGUUACCCAAAACUCAUUCAUGUGUCUCAAUUACGAGUUGCCUACACUACUGUUAUCGAGUCUUUGUCAUGUACAGAUAGUGAAUUAACUUCUUUAUGUUUGAAUAAAUUGAUAAAAAGGAUCGAAGAUACACCUAUUUCUGUUUCAACACCAGCUUCAAAUGUUAAAAACGAUGACGAAAUUCAAACAAUUGCUUCAUAUCUUAAUAGAGGACAUUUACUUUUAACAUUGAUUGACCAGGCCGAGCAAGACGGGAUUGGGAAACAAGCAAUAAAGAAAGCUUUAUUUAAUGCAUUAAGUACAGGAUUGGAUUAUACAAAAAAAGAUACAGGAGUUAAAUGGUGGUUAUCUGAAGGAUCCAAAAUUUGA